AUGCCGAUAUUCCUUUCGCCAGCUCUUGACAACGACAGUUGUCAGUACAAUUAUUGGUUGAACCUCCUUUAUAUCGACAAUAUUGUUGAUACGGCUCAUAUAUGUUACGUAAUUUCUUGGUAUUUGGCUACAGACCUCCAAAUUUAUUUAUUUACACCAAUUUUGUUGCUUUCAUUUGCCAAUUUUGGAGCUGUCAAAGGCUUCAUAACAGCCUCAAUCGUCUUUUUAAUUUCCACUGGCUUCAAUGCGUUUCAAAUGCUUGCUUGGCAUUUUCCACCAACUCAAUACCAAUUUGGACCAAAAGAUUCAAGAUAUAACAGUCAAAAACGCUACGAUCUUUGGAAUUACUACAAUCCUCUGAUUCGAUGCCAAAUUUAUGUAAUGGGAUUUGUUUGGAUUGAUCGCUUAUUGUGGGUAAUAUCGUUGAGUUCAAUGCUUUUUGUUAUAAUGAUUCUUCAAAACUACACUAGUGGAAAUCUCUGGACACCUAUGGAAAACAUGAUGUACAGUUGUUUCAGUCGCGUUGUUUGGGGUCUUGCUUUAAGUUGGGUAAUCUUCUCAACAUAUUGUAGGAAAGGAAUCAUCAAUGAUUUUAUGAGUCUUCCAAUAUGGACACCUCUCGCGAGAUUGUCGUUCUGCGCAUAUUUGAUUCAUAUAAUGGUUGUCGCUUAUUUCUUCGGAAAAACGUAUUCAGAAAUUUACUUUACAACGUUGCCAUUAUUUUUCGUCGAGACUGUUAUUCCAAUAACCGUGAUCACGUUCGCAAUUGCUACACUUUGGUCUGCCAUGUUUGAACUCCCAUUUGCCAAGGUAUAA